AUGCAUCGGCGCAUUCAGAGAGAGCUUCUUUACAAAAAAGGGGCAAAUAAACCCGCUUUUGUCAUCUACAGGAUCGCCGACGACGAGCAGUCCAUCAGCGUAGAGGAGAGCUCUACGAACAAGAACUACGAAGCAUUCCUUCAGAAACUUACAUCAGCACAAGACCAUGAUGAAAACCGUGCACCUCGUUAUGCGGUAUACGAUGUGGAAUAUGACUUGAAUGAGGAUGGGAGAAGAACAACAACCGUCUUUAUCAGCUGGAUGCCGGAUGCGACACCUACCCGGCUUCGUAUGCUGUAUGCUUCUACCAAAGAGCAGCUUCGAAAAGCGCUUGAUGUCAAAGUUUCGAUUCACGCGGAUGAUUUGCACGAUAUCGAAUGGAAGACCGUAUUGAGUGAGGCUAGUGGUGGACGACUCUAG